AUGCAUGCGGGCCGAGCCCGGCCCCUACGAGCCGCCGACAUGAAGAAAGACGUGCGGAUCCUGCUGGUGGGAGAACCUAGAGUUGGGAAGACAUCACUGAUUAUGUCUCUGGUCAGUGAAGAAUUUCCAGAGGAGGUUCCUCCUCGGGCAGAAGAAAUCACUAUUCCAGCUGAUGUCACCCCUGAGAGAGUUCCAACACACAUCGUAGAUUACUCAGAAGCAGAACAGAGUGAUGAACAACUUCAUCAAGAAAUAUCACAGGCUAAUGUCAUCUGCAUAGUUUAUGCUGUUAACAACAAGCAUUCUAUUGAUAAGGUAACAAGUCGAUGGAUUCCUCUCAUAAAUGAAAGAACAGACAAAGAUAGCAGGUUGCCUUUGAUAUUGGUUGGGAACAAAUCUGAUCUAGUGGAAUAUAGUAGCAUGGAGACCAUCCUUCCUAUUAUGAACCAGUACACUGAAAUAGAAACCUGUGUGGAGUGUUCAGCAAAAAAUCUGAAGAACAUAUCAGAGCUCUUUUAUUAUGCCCAGAAAGCUGUUCUUCAUCCUACAGGGCCCUUGUACUGCCCAGAGGAGAAAGAGAUGAAGCCAGCCUGUAUAAAAGCCCUUACUCGUAUAUUUAAAAUAUCUGAUCAAGAUAAUGAUGGCACUCUCAAUGAUGCUGAACUCAACUUCUUUCAGAGAAUUUGUUUCAACACUCCAUUAGCUCCUCAGGCUCUAGAAGAUGUCAAGAAUGUAGUCAGAAAACAUAUAAGUGAUGGUGUGGCUGAUAGUGGAUUGACACUGAAAGGUUUUCUUUUUUUACACACACUUUUUAUCCAGAGAGGGAGGCAUGAAACCACUUGGACUGUGCUUCGACGAUUUGGUUAUGAUGAUGACCUGGGAUUGACACCUGAAUAUUUAUUCCCCUUGCUAAAAAUACCUCCUGAUUGCACUACUGAAUUAAAUCAUCAUGCGUAUUUGUUUCUCCAAAGCACCUUUGACAAACAUGAUUUGGAUAGAGACUGUGCUUUGUCACCUGAUGAACUUAAAGAUUUAUUUAAAGUUUUCCCUUACAUACCCUGGGGGCCAGAUGUGAAUAACACAGUUUGUACAAAUGAAAGAGGCUGGAUAACUUACCAGGGAUUCCUUUCCCAGUGGACGCUCACAACCUAUUUAGAUGUACAGCGGUGCCUGGAAUAUUUGGGCUAUUUAGGCUAUUCAAUAUUGACUGAACAAGAGUCUCAAGCUUCAGCCAUUACAGUAACAAGAGAUAAAAAGAUAGAUCUUCAGAAAAAACAGACUCAAAGAAAUGUGUUCAGAUGUAAUGUCAUUGGGAUGAAAAACUGUGGGAAAAGUGGAGUUCUUCAGGCCCUUCUUGGAAGAAACUUAAUGAGGCAGAAGAAAAUUCGUGAUGAUCAUAAAUCCUACUAUGCGAUUAACACUGUUUAUGUAUAUGGACAAGAGAAAUAUUUAUUGUUGCAUGAUAUCUCAGAAUCGGAAUUUCUAACUGAGGCUGAGAUCAUUUGUGAUGUUGUAUGCCUCGUAUAUGAUGUCAGUAAUCCCAAAUCCUUUGAAUACUGUGCCAGGAUUUUUAAGCAACACUUUAUGGAUAGCAGAAUACCUUGCUUAAUCAUAGCUGCAAAGUCAGACCUGCAUGAAGUUAAACAAGAAUAUAGUAUUUCACCUGCUGAUUUCUGCAGGAAACACAAAAUGCCUCCACCACAAGCCUUCACUUGCAAUACCACUGAGGCACCCAGUAAAGAUAUCUUUGUUAAAUUGACAACAAUGGCCAUGUACCCCCAUGCCCGGUUACGCUGUAUGUGCACCUGCAACAGGUGCACGUUUUGCAUCUGUCAGAACUUCCUCAACUCAGACUUGCUGCAGUCUAUAAAGAACAAAAUCUUCACUGCAAUUCUUAACAGGCACGUGACACAAGCUGACCUCAAGAGCUCCACGUUUUGGCUUCGAGCAAGUUUUGGUGCUACUGUUUUUGCCGUUUUGGGCUUUGCCAUGUACAAAGCAUUAUUGAAACAGCGAUGA